AGGGAAGAUGGCGUCGGCCACUCGCUUUAUCCAGAGGCUGCGGAACUGGGCAUCCGGGCGAGACCUGCAGGCGAAGCUGCAGCUGCGCUACCAGGAGAUCUCCAAGCGAACCCAGCCUCCACCCAAGCUCCCCGUGGGCCCCAGCCACAAGCUCUCCAACAAUUCCUAUUGGACUCGCGAUGGCCGCCGGGAAGCCAUGCCCCCCGUGGUCAUCAUGUCCUCCCAGAAGGCACUGGAGUCAGGCAAGCCAGCAGAGAGCUCAGUGACCGCUGCUGAGAAGAAGGCAGUGACACCAGCCCCUCCGGUGAAGCCGUGGGAGCUGUCCUUGGACCAGCCCUACUUGUGA